AAGUCCGCCACUCGUCUGCUCUAUUUGUUUGUUUUAAAGCUCUUCUCUGCAUCUCCACUUCCAAUGCUGAUUUUUUUUCGCGCCUAUUUAAACCGCCAAACCCUAGUCUCCAUUCGAAACCUCCUCCAACCAAUCUACAAAUUUCUCUUCUCUCGCUGCCUCCCAAUGACCACCACCAGCAAAAACCAGUCCUCCGCCGAUCCUCCGCCGUUCGAUCCGUCGAAGCCGGCGAUUCCAGUCUCCUUUCCGAUCAAAACCCUAGACGACCUCGAGUCAAGGUCGUAUUUCGAUUCGUUUCACUUCCCAUUCAACAAGGCCUCGGUGGCUCUGCAGUCUAGAUUGGCUGAUCGGCCGAGAGUUCUGGUCUGUCAUGACAUGGCUGGAGGGUAUAUAGAUGAUAAGUGGGUUCAAGGAGGGACUAAUUCAGAUGCGUAUGCGAUAUGGCACUGGUAUUUGAUCGAUGUUUUUGUCUACUUUUCGCAUACUUUGGUUACUAUCCCGCCUCCGUGUUGGACUAAUACCGCGCACAAGCAUGGUGUCAAGGUAUUGGGGACUUUCAUCACAGAAUGGGAUGAUGGGAGGGAUAAUGCCAAUAAACUGCUAGCAACGAAGGAGUCUGCCCACAUGUAUGCUGAGCGCUUGACUGAACUAGCUACUGCUUUGGGAUUUGAUGGGUGGCUGAUAAAUAUGGAGGUCGAUUUGGAUGUAGGGCAAAUCCCUAAUCUAAAAGAAUUUAUCAUCCAUUUAACUACAACAAUGCACUCCUCAGUGCCUGGAUCUUUAGUUAUAUGGUAUGAUAGUGUUACCGUUGAUGGCAAACUUAGCUGGCAAGAUCAACUGAAUGACAGUAAUAAACCAUUCUUUGAUAUAUGUGAUGGAAUAUUUGUAAAUUAUACAUGGCAGGAAGACUAUCCAAAACUUUCAGCUGCUGUUGCUGGUAACAGAAAGUUUGAUGUUUACAUGGGCAUUGAUGUUUUUGGGAGGAACACUUAUGGUGGUGGACAAUGGGAUACCAAUGUUGCACUUGAUGUACUAAAGAAAGAUGAUGUGUCAGCUGCAAUAUUUGCUCCUGGGUGGGUCUAUGAGACUAAACAACCACCUGAUUUUCAGACUGCUCAGAACCGUUGGUGGGCGCUUGUUGAGAAAUCAUGGGGAAUAGUACAAAAUUACCCCCGAGUGCUACCAUUCUACUCAAAUUUUGAUCAGGGUUGUGGUUACCAUAUAUCUGUAGAUGGAGGUCAAGUAUCAAGUGGUUCUUGGAACAACAUAUCCUCCCAAAGCUUUCAGCCUUUCCUUGAGUUUUCUGAAGAUCCACCUUCCGAAUCAAUUGAAGUCUUUGUUGAUCGUAGGGAAGCAUCUUAUAGUGGAGGAAGCAGCAUUACAUUUAAGGGAACUCUGCAAGGCACAUAUUUCACAAGAAGGCUGUUUCAGGGAGAUCUUCUUUUUGGGGAUUUACCAGUCCACUUCACAUAUUCUGUUAAAUCAGAUGGGAGCUCUCUAAUAGGCCUUUCUCUUAAAUUUUCUUCUUCCACGAAUGAGAAAACAUCAGUACUUCUUGCUUCCCAUGGAAAUGCUUUACUUACCAUGAACCAGUUUUCAAGCCACUUCAGUAAAAUAAUUAUGCCUCGUCAAGUUACAAAGCCAGAAACCGACCCAGGAUGGGUCAUACAGGAUAGUAGCAUUACAAUGAAUGGAUCAACAUUAACGGAAAUUCAUGCUGUAUGCUACCAUUCAAAGCCCGAACUUAAUAGAAUGAGUUUAAAAUCCCAGCCAGAUGGAGUAGAUAAUUCCCUGGAUCGCGGUUCAACUCAAUAUUUUGCCGUUCUGGGUCACUUCACUGUCAAAACUCCUGGACAGAACUUGGAUUUCCCCCCAUCUACCUCAUGGCUAGUCGAGGGUCAAUACAUUAAUUGGACUUCAGGUUCUCAGGGGUCAAAGACCCUUAGUGUUAAGAUCGUUUGGAAAUUGAAAGAUGGGAAGGCUUCUCUGUUCCCAAAGUACAAUAUUUUUGUUGAAAAGCUUGCAAAUCAAGAAGCUGGGGCGCAGGAGUAUCUGGGAGUGGCGGAAAUCCAAGCCUUUUAUGUUUCUGAUCUUUCAGUUCCAUCUGGGACUUCUAAUCUCAAAUUCAUCAUCCAAGUGUGUGGCGAUGACGGGACUUCUCAAAAGGUAGAUGAUUCUCCCUCUUUUCAAUUGCCUGUUAAACCUUCGUAAAUUAUGUUACUUUUUCAUCUUUUGUUUUUAGAGGGAACAUGAAUUAUGUUAGAUGUACUUGGAAAUUGUUGUACCAUGACAAUAAAUUUGAAAUAAGAGUUGGGUCUAUGUCAUUUUGACAUUGUUUUCUGAACUGUAUAUAAUUGGCUGUAAAGAUGAGUACCUAUUUGAAGU